UCACUUCCUGAAGUCAGCGCUUCCCAAAAUAUGUGGAGGCACAAACAAAGUAUCACUCUGGAGCUUUGACACAGAGCCACAGAAAAUCACCCCACAGCAGAGUCUGCCUGCUGCUGUCAAACAUGUUCCUGUGGCGACAUCUGACUCUUGUCCUGCUGAUAACCGCUCACACAUACAAAGCUCAGAAAUGUCAUGAAUUUACAGAUCUAAACCUCGCGCAUGCAUUCAUCGGUACCAGCCCCAGAGUCAGGUUGUUGUUGUACACCAGACACAACGACACCUGUGGCGAUCUCUUAUCCCACUCCGACCUAGCGCAGCACCCCCAGUUCAACAUGUCCAAACCCACCACUUUCAUCAUCCAUGGGUACCGGCCCACCGGGUCUCCUCCUUUGUGGCUGAACAUCACAAAGAUGUUGUUGGACAGGGAGGACAUCAAUGCUAUAAUGGUGGACUGGAACUACGGAGCUGCUAAUCUGGAUUAUGUGAAAACCGUGAGGAACACAUACAAAGUGUCAGAUAACAUCACAGCCUUCGUUCAAAUGAUGCAGGAUCACGGUGCUUCUCUGAGCUCAAUCCACAUGAUUGGAGUCAGCCUUGGAGCUCAUAUUGCUGGAUUUGUUGGGGCUAACUUUAAUGGAUCACUUGGGAGAAUCACAG